AUGCCGUCGGUUUCGAAAGCGGCGGCGGCGGCGUUGAGCGGGUCCCCCCCGCAGACCGAGAAGCCGACCCACUACAGGUAUCUAAAGGAGUUUAGGACAGAGCAGUGCUCCCUGUUUGUGCAGCACAAGUGCACCCAGCACAGGCCAUUUACCUGUUUCCAUUGGCAUUUCCUAAAUCAGCGUCGGCGCAGACCGCUCCGCAGGCGCGACGGCACUUUUAACUACAGCCCGGACGUGUACUGCUCCAAGUACGACGAGGCCAGCGGCUUGUGCCCCGACGGCGACGAAUGUCCUUACCUGCACCGGACGACCGGGGACACGGAGCGCAAGUAUCACCUGCGCUACUACAAGACAGGCACAUGCAUCCAUGAGACAGAUGCCCGGGGCCACUGCGUGAAGAACGGGCUGCACUGCGCCUUUGCGCACGGCCCCCUGGACUUGCGGCCGCCCGUGUGUGACAUCAGGGAGCUGCAGGCCCAGGAAGCCCUGCAGAACGGCCAGCUCAGUGCUGGGGAUGGCGUCCCUGACCUGCAGCCUGGGGUCUUGGCCAGCCAGGCCCUGAUGGAGAAGAUCCUGGGCGAGGACCCCCGGUGGCAAGAUACCAACUUCGUGCUAGGCAGCUACAAGACAGAGCAGUGCCCCAAGCCGCCGCGCCUGUGCCGCCAGGGCUACGCAUGCCCGCACUUCCACAACAGCAGGGACAGGCGGCGGGACCCCCGGAGGUUCCAGUACAGGUCCGCCCCCUGCCCCAGCGUGAAGCACGGUGACGAGUGGGGCGAGCCCUCCAGGUGCGAGAGCGGGGACAGCUGUCAGUACUGCCACUCGCGCACAGAGCAGCAGUUCCACCCCGAGAUCUACAAGUCUACCAAGUGCAACGACAUGCGACAGACUGGGCACUGCCCUCGGGGCCCCUUCUGUGCUUUUGCACAUGUGGAGAAGAGUCUUGGAAUGGCCAGCGACUGGGGCUGCCGAGACCUCACCUCCACCAGCGGCCCUGCGGCCCCCAGCGGGCAGCCCGGACAUGCAAAGCGGAGAGAUUCACCUGCUGAAGGCAGCCAGAAGGCCAGCGAGCAGGACAGUAAGCAGAGCCACCUGGCGGUGUUGGCGGUGGGUCACCCCCUUGCUCCCAGCGUGAGUUCCAGCCUCGCAUCCAGCCUGGCAUCCAGCACUGGCUCAGGCGGCUCCUCUCCCACCGCUCUGCCCACUGUCUCGGCUCGUGCCCACCCUCUUGACCCCACUGGCAGCGCCGUCGAGGCGGUCCCAGGAUCCUCUUUAGACCUUCACCUCGGCGACAUCAGCCUCGUGCCCCCAGAUAAGGACCUGGAGGAGCACGACAGCCGUGACCUCGGACCCACAGGUCAGCGGUCGCUGGGGGGCUCGGCGCCUGUGGCCAUCCCAGGCUGUCUGCCCCGCUCCCCGUCCCUGCAGUCCUCGUCGUCCCUGUCCGCCUCCCCACUCGGCUCCUUCUCCCAGUCCCUGUCGGGGCCGCUCGUCUCCUCAGCCAUGACGCCCCCCCAGCAGCCGCCAGCCCUCAAGUCGGAGCCCCGAGCGCUGGGCCCCCCAGCCCCGUCCUACAACUCCUUCGGCUUGAAUGGCGUCCCCGGCAGCAUCUGGGACUUUGUCUCUGGCAGCUUCUCUCCCAGCCCGUCCCCCAUCCUGAAUGCUGGCCCCACGGCCCCUUCGGGCGCGAGUCCAAACAGUGCCGAGCUGGCCCGGGUCAGGCGGCAGCUGGAUGAGGCCAAGAGGAAGAUCCGGCAGUGGGAGGAGUCCUGGCAACAGGUGAAGCAGGCCUGUGAUGCGUGGCAGCGGGAGGCCAAGGAGGCCAAGGAGCGGGCGCUCGCGGCCGACAGCGCCCGGCAGCUGGCGCUGCAGAAGAAGGAGGAGGUGGAGGCCCAGUUCCGACGGCUGCAGGAAGAGCUGGAGGGCCGGGGCUUGGCCUCCGUGCUCCCCGGGCUGCGUGGCUGUGGUGACAUCGGCGCCAUCCCCCUGCCGAAGCUGCAUUCGCUGCAGAGUCAGCUGCGCCUCGAUUUGGAAGCAGUGGAUGGGGUGAUCUUCCAGCUGCAAGCGAAGCAGUGCGGAGUGUGUGGGGAGCGGGCCCACAGCACUGUCCUGCGGCCCUGCCAGCAUCGUGUGCUCUGCGAGCCGUGCGCGGCCAGCGCACCCGAGUGCCCCUACUGCGCGGGCCAGCCCCUGCCCUGGUGACGGCCACCUGGUCGCCCGCCUCCUGGUGCCACCGACGUCGGGACCCCAGCCCCAAACCAACCACCCAUGGUCUCGUACUCUCCUCACAGACCCUGAAGGCCCUGUGGGGCUCAGCGGGCAGGGUGACUCUGCGGGGUUUGUGGUCCUGACGCCACUGUGACCGGAUCCUGGGAGUUCACAUCCCGAGAAGCACUUUGUAGACGGAAGAGUUUAGGCAGACGUUCCGAGUUGCUAUAAGCUGCUUUGAGGUUCAUGUUUUUAAUAUGCGAUAAUAUGAAGCUUUAUACGUGUACUGUGAACAGAGUAUUUCCUAUCGGUCUAUUGUUAAUCCAUAGUACGGUAAACACAUUAGGUUUCAUAUCUGAAAUUAGUACUUACGAAGUGAGCAUUUAUCUAGUAGUGAGAAAUGCCUAGGAUUUUUACUGUUUCCAAAUUAAGUGCAAACUAAUAGUAUUUAUAGCAGAGUGAUUAUUGAGAGACACAUAUACAUGUAGAUGUUUUUAAUUUUAUGAAGGGAACUCAUUUCCUGAACACGUGCACAUUAACUGGAGCGUCAGUGACAGCGCCCCGCGCCUGCGGCCUCCCGCUCAAGUGCCUGCGCCUAGGAAAGCCAAGGAGCUGCGUGCUGUCCUUUCUCCCCUGGACUUGGUCAGCGUGGUGACAGUGAGCAGGGCAGUGGGGUGGGGGACCCGAAGGGGCGGGCGUCACACUGACUGUGCAGAGCCGUGUGGUGCUCCCCCUUCCCAGAGCUUGCUGGCGGGCGUCCUGGCUGGAGCCUCUCUCCACCCAUGUGGGAGACCCUAGCCAGCCUCCAGGGCGACACUGCACCAGAUCUGUUUGUGCAGGUGUUAUGUUUGAGGGACCAUGGGGUUGGGGAGGACCCGGCCGCCGAGCGGGGGCAGGGUGGCAGAAAGGCUGCUGGGAACGGGUCAGAUUUUAGUGCCGGCUUCAGUCUUUUCUGUCUGCAUUGGGUCACCUUCCCUAGGAAUCUGGGAGGAAGUAAAACCUGUCUGUAGUUGACCCAGACUUUGCUCUUGGCAGAUCCAGAUUGGCAUGAGAAUCUUCCCAGAGUGUGCCGCCAGGUGCGGAGCAGGGGCUGGGCCCUGGCCCGGAAGGGACGGGAUGCCCCCUGCUUGGGGCUGUGCCAAAGACUUUAUAUAGCAUUUUUUAAGUGCAAGGUGACUAGGUAAAAAUUUUUAUCAGUGACCAAAUUAGAAUGUAUUUACUAUAGUGAGAAGUUUAAGACCUUUUUUUUUUUUUUUAACAUAAGACAAACUGAUAGGAAAGCUGUCAUUUUUUAAGGUGGGUCCAUGGCAUCGUGCAGCUCGCCCGCUGCUAAAGGUAACUAUAUGACUUGGUUGUAGUGAAUCUACUUUGUUUCUAAUUAUACUGAUAAUGAUUUAUUAGCUCUUAGAAAUUACGUAUAUUUUGUGCUACUGUUAUCACUGUUUAAAAUUCUUUAUUUUAUUAAUAUUUAUGCACUUGUUUCCCAUUUCAGGCCUUUGGUCUUCUGGGGGGAAAACAGGACAAUGUUUGUUAUUGACAUCUAGCCUAGAUAUUUUCAAAUUAUAAGCAAGAACAAUUAAGCUUUAGGUGUAUUUAUAAGCUAUUCCGGUCAGUUCUUUCUGUGGGGUUCGGGGGGGUGGUGGAGGUGCCCCCUCCCAGGCACUCGCUGGCUCUGAGGACAGGUGUGCGGUGGGAAGACCAAAGAACCACCCAGAGUGGAGCUCCCGGGGCUACGUCGGGGCCCUCCCACCUCUGCUGCCUGGCUGCGGUGGCCCUGGUUUUCUGAGGGGCCACCCAUGCUGGGCUCAGCUAGGCUCAGCGUCUCAGGGUGUCACCGCCCCGCACUCGGGUUAUGAAGGGGGGCGCUGGGUGUAGCAGCUGAAGCUGUGUGGUGCUCGGCGAGGCCGUUUUUGUUGCCGAAUCUGUCAGCUCCUGAGUAUUCAGUAUUAGCAGUGAUGUUACAUUGUCACACCAUUUGUGUAACUGUGGUCAGCAGAAGACCAUGACUCAGUGUGGAUGCUUCAUGUGGAUUAAUUUAUGGAAGCCCCAAUCUGUAUGUCUGUUUUGAGUAUUUAGAGGAGAAUGUUAUUGGAAUGGAAUUUUCUUAACCCAGAAGGUAGUAUUUAUAAUGCAUAAUCAUUUACUUGUAGUGAAUUGUUUAAAGUUAACACUUGUUCAAAUUUUUUUACACUAUAGCAUUUAUGCAAUGGUUUACAGAAUUCAUGGAAUUAUUUUUAUCAGUAGGGAAAUUAAUUAAA